CCGCCACGGCCAACGGCCGCCGAAAACACGUGAAGCGCCCGGCGCCUCGCCAGCCUCCGCGGCCGCCUCAGGGCCCCGCCCGAACCCCCCCCGGCCCGGGCUCGGGCCGCCGCGGAGGGGCCGCGGAGCCCCCGCCGUGGGCUGCCCCCAGCGCGGCCGGUCCGCGGCGGUUCGGGGCGGCGCGGCGCGGGCGGCGGCGUUAACCCCGGCGGCUCCGGGGCGGGGAGCGGCGCCCUGCCCCCGGCCCUCCUUCCUCCCCCGGCAGAAACCGGACACCGGGACGGCGCCGCGCAGCCCGUGUGGGGGAGAGGCGCCGCGAGGCCGCCCCGCCAUGCCGCGGCCCGGCUGAGGCGGCGUCGUCGUCGGCGCCGGCCCGCCGCCCCGCGCCCGCACCAUGCCGUGCGCGGCGCGGAGCUGGGCGGCGGGCGUCUCCCUCUGCCUCCACGUCCUGGCGCUGUGCGGGGGCAGCGGCCCCCCGCCGGGCCGCCGGGUCUUCCCCGACGAGCGGCAAGAGCACUUUUUCAAGACAUUGCAAGAAUACCACGUGGUUGAUCCAGCAAGAGUAGAUGCGAGUGGGCAUUUUCUUUCUUUUAAUUUACGCCAUCACAUCUCAAACGCAAGGAAGAAGAGAGACCUCAGCAAAAAGGAAAAUGUGGUAUAUUAUAAAAUUAACCAUGAGGAGAAGGAUCUCUUUUUUAACUUGACUGUCCACAUGGGAUUUCUUUCCCCUAACUACAUAGUAGAAAGGAGACACGGCAACCACACUAGUGCGAAGAUCGCAGCUCACUCCGGAGUUCCUUGCCAUUUCGUUGGCACAGUAUUGCAGCCGGAUUCUGGGAGCGGGACAGCCGCAAUCAGCGCUUGCAAUGGCCUGACUGGAUAUUUCCAUCUGCCCCAUGGGGAUUACUUCAUUGAGCCCAUUAAAAAGCAUCCACAGAAAGAGGGAACACCCCAUCCCCAUGUUAUCUAUGGGGCGAAUAUCCUUCAAAAUGCUUUAAGGAGAAGACGGGCAAUCCCUAUGGAGAAAGAACAAGCAUGUGGAUUGAAUGAUAGCUUCAUCUUUUUCCAAAACCAAGAGCAUCGGAGGGAGAGAUGGGAACGAAAUCACAUGGCUGUCAGAAAGGUUUCUCGGCGCUCUGUCAGCAAGGAACGAUGGGUGGAGACGCUUGUAGUUGCAGACAGUAAGAUGGUUGAAUAUCAUGGAAGUGACCAUGUGGAAUCAUAUAUCCUCACUAUAAUGAAUAUGGUCACAGGGCUGUUCCAUGAUCCAAGCAUUGGCAAUGCAAUUCACAUUGUGCUGGUCCGGCUCAUCCUCUUUGAGGAGGAGGAGCAAGGCUUGAAGAUAGUUCACCAUGCUGAUAAGACAUUAGCCAGCUUCUGCAAAUGGCAAAAGAGCGUCAACCCCAAGAGUGACGUCAACCCUGCACACCAUGAUGUGGCCGUCCUGCUAACCAGAAAGGACAUUUGUGCCGGAAUGAAUCGUCCAUGUGAAACCUUAGGUUUGUCUCAUCUAUCGGGCAUGUGUCAACCUCACAGAAGCUGUAACAUUAAUGAAGAUUCUGGCCUUCCGCUGGCAUUCACUAUUGCUCAUGAACUUGGACACAGUUUUGGUAUCCAGCACGAUGGAAAAGAGAAUGACUGUGAGCCCAUUGGAAAGCGUCCAUAUAUUAUGUCCCGGCAGUUGCAGUAUGAUCCCACUCCCCUCACCUGGUCUCCCUGCAGCAAGGAAUACAUCACGCGUUUCCUGGACCGAGGAUGGGGAUUCUGUUUGGAUGAUAUACCCCAAAAGAAAGUUCUGAAGUCCCCAAUCAUUGCUCCUGGAGUGAUUUAUGAUGUACAUCACCAGUGCCAGCUUCAGUAUGGUUCCAAUGCUACUUUCUGUGAAGAUGUGGAUAAUCUUUGCCAAACACUCUGGUGCUCAGUGAAAGGCUCCUGCCGCUCCAAACUGGAUGCUGCUGCGGAUGGCACUCGAUGUGGAGAAAACAAGUGGUGCUUCUCUGGUGAGUGCAUUACAGUGGGCAAGGCUCCAGAAGCAGUCCAUGGUGGAUGGGGUGUUUGGUCGUCCUGGUCCCAUUGCACAAGGACAUGUGGGGCAGGAGUUCAGAGCGCGGAGAGACCAUGCAAUAACCCAGAACCACAGUUCGGAGGAGACUACUGCACUGGAGAAAGGAAACGCUAUCGCAUGUGUAACAUCAGCCCCUGUCACAAGAGCGUGCCAACCUUUCGUCAGAUGCAGUGCAGCGAGUUUGAUACAGUUCCUUACCAGAACGAAUUCUACCACUGGGUUCCAGUUUAUAACACAGCUAACCCCUGUGAGCUCCACUGUCGCCCAGUAGACGGCCAUUUUUCGGAGAAGAUGCUUGAUGCGGUCACCGAUGGUACUCCUUGCUCUGAAGGAAGCCACAGCCGAGAUAUCUGUAUUAAUGGCAUGUGUAAGACCGUUGGCUGUGAUUAUGAGAUAAAUUCCAAUGCAACUGAAGAUCAGUGUGGAGUUUGCCUGGGAGAUGGCUCUGCUUGUCGUACAGUGAAGAUGAUGUUUAAUCAAAGUGAAGGAUUUGGAUACGUUGAUAUUGGGCUAAUUCCAAAAGGCGCAAGGGGUAUCAGAGUCACAGAAGUGGCAGAAGCAGGAAACUUCCUUGCUGUGCGAAGUGAAGACCCAGAAAAAUAUUACCUGAAUGGAGGUUUUAUCAUCCAGUGGAAUGGCGAAUACAAAGUGGCAGGAACGAUAUUUCAGUAUGACAGAAUGGGUGAUCUGGAAAAUCUGACUGCUUCAGGACCCACCAAUGAAUCAGUAUGGAUACAGCUGCUUUUUCAAGAGACUAACCCUGGAAUAAUGUAUGAAUACACUGUACGUAAAGAAGAAAGUCAUGAAAAUGAGAUUGGAGAGCCAGAGUAUUUUUGGCAGUAUGGAGAUUGGACAGCCUGCAGUGUUACAUGUGGAAAAGGUCUGCAGCGCCAGAUUGCCCACUGCAUGCGGAAGGGAAGUGGAGCAAUCAAAAACUCUUUCUGCGACCCAGCAACACAGCCGAAUGGACGACAAAAGAAAUGCUACGAAAAGGACUGUCCACCCAGAUGGUGGGCAGGAGAAUGGCAAAAAUGUUCCACUACGUGUGGCCCAACAGGACAGAAGAAGCGGACCGUACUUUGCAUCCAGACGGUGGGAUCUGAUGAGCAGGCGCUGGCUGUCACAGAAUGCCAGCAUCUGCUUAAGCCAAAGACCCAUCUUUCAUGCAAUAGGGAUGUCUUGUGCCCUUCUGACUGGACAGUGAGCAACUGGACUGAGUGCACAGUUACUUGUGGUGGUGGAAUAAGGACUCGUAAUGUCACUUGUGCCAAAAAUAAUGAUGAGCCAUGUGAUAGUUCGAAGAAACCAAACUCUAAGGCCCUGUGUGGUCUCCAGCAAUGUCCUUCUGCUGGAAGAUUUCUCAUACCCCCACUGGCACCCAGAAGAGGAAAGAUCAUAAUCAGAAAAACAACUACUAAUCCCAAAUGGGCUUCUCCUGGCGGAAUACCUAUACCCACACCGAGCCCUAUGUUCCACACAACAACAAAAAUACCCAAGUCUGAAAGUGUAACUGCCUGGGUGCCUACAUUCUCUGGCUUGGGUAAUGUUUCAGAAAAAGAAGAAACAAUCAACAAAACAUUACAAAAUAAUUCUGCUGGAUCAAGUAAUGUUUACAAUUAUUCUGGUGCUUUUACUGAAACUAGUUUACACCAAAAUACUACUUCAUGGCCUUUUCAUAAUAGCUCAAGUACUGAAAAUAUAAGGCAUGCUGAAAAUGUUUCUGAGAGUGACCCAGUUUUUACAGUAAAGAGUGAAGCACCAAGAAGUGAGGACAGUCGUAUAUCCUCAUUUACCAAAAGUCCAGAAAUAACUCCUAGCUAUGAUUACUUAACUGAAGAAUCUGAUGACAUCAAUGUGUCAGUAGGAAGCAGUGAGAAACUGACUGAGCUCCUUUACAGCACAGAACUGGAUCCUGAAAUCAGAACCAGGAGCACAACACUAGAUACCAAGUCUCGUGUCCUUCAGCAUGACAACGUGACUUCUCAGCUCUCCCCAGCCUCUCAUCACCAAGAAUCUUCUACGCUCCUUCCUGUUAGUGAAGCACCACAAGGAGUGGCAUUUCCAACAACAGCAGACUAUAGCAGUCUGCAAGUCAAUGUGCCUGAUGUGGAAGUUACCACCCAAGAAGCAUCUGUUACAGUAAUGCCCACAAUGUCUGGUAAUCUACUGAGAGACCAGACUGACAACAGAACAGAAAUAAAGCUACCUGACCAUAUCACCAACAGCAUGCAAUUGCCACCUCUUGAGCAUGCUCCCAGGAACCAAAGUGCAACAUCUGAGGGGGUUCUGCCAAAUGUCACAGAAAACGGCCACCUAAUAAUAUCCAACAAUUUGCAUGCUGAGGCCUACUGGAUAGUAGGGAACUGGAGUGAGUGCUCUACCACCUGUGGGCUGGGGGCGUUCUGGAGACACGUGGAGUGUAGCAGCAGGGACGCGUCCGACUGCCAGCACACCAAAAAGCCUGAUCCUGCAAGAAGAUGCUAUCUCCGCCCUUGUGCAAGCUGGAAGACAGGAAAUUGGAGCAAGUGCUCUGCUAACUGCAGCGGUGGUUUCAAGACCCGAGAUGUUCACUGCAUGGAUGUUCGUGAGAAGCGAGUUCUCAGGCCUUUUCAUUGCCAGUUACUUGGAUAUAAACCACAGCUCAGCACUAGCUGUAAUACGGAACCUUGCUUGCAGUGGCAGGUGGAGCCCUGGCAUGAGUGUUCAAGAACAUGUGGUGGUGGCCAGCAAAAGCGACACGUCUACUGCCCAGAAGAAGGCUACUGUGACUGGACAGAAAGGCCUAAUGCCACUGCAUCAUGCAACAUGCAACCUUGUACGCAGUGGGUUAACCAGACAUGGGGCUCGUGCACUGUUUCUUGUGGAGGAGGCAUUCAGCAGAGAACAGUGAAGUGUGUGAAUACAGAAAGCAAUGAAACUGAAGAUCACAGUAUGUGUGCGGAUGAGCCCAAGCCAACGGAGUAUCAGAAAUGCAAUCCACAAGAGUGCAGGAAAAGUACAGGCCUGGCCUGCAGCAGAGACCAGCUGUCGGUUCAUUUCUGCCAGAGGCUGAAAGGCAUUGGCAAAUGCGUGGUGCCGUCAAUACGGACUCAGUGCUGCUUCACGUGUAGCCCUCCCCGAAUUCGUAGCAAAGCAAGAUAUUGGAAUCAGCGAGGCCUCAAACAACAGAAUUACUCUAAAUCUAGAAGAAAAUCACCUCCAAGCCAGGAAACUAACAACCAACCUGUUCAGCACUAGCUGGUUUUUAUACAGUUAAUUUAAACAGGGCUUCUGUUUACAGGUUUUGUGUUUCUUUUUCUUUUCAACCAUCCAAUGUAAAUGGAAUUCUGUGACCCAAACACAUCCCUUAGGGUUAUCAAUCCUGAUUUACUCCUCCAAACUUUUCCUUUAAUGGUCCAAAAUUUAUAACAUAACUUGAAAUAUACCAGCAGUUAGUACUUCUUAGGUAUGCGUAGAGGCUAGAGACAAGCUUGCAAGAAUUGUGUGUGUUUUUUUUUUUUAUAUGAAUGUUUAAUUUGUGCUUUCUUCCAUCUCUUUUCUGAAACCCCCUUGAAAUGGCAGCACCGUGUACCCAAGAGCACUCAGUGCAGGCGGCUGGCUGGGCAGGCCCAGGACUGCCCUGUGUGUUCCGCGCUCUGGGCCAGGUCCCUCUGUGCUCACUCACUUUCUUUUUGUUUUCUUUUUUUUUAAGGAACCAAGGUGAAGUGGCAGUAUUUGUCUAAACUGUUUCCUCACUUCCGUUCUCAUAAUCUAAAUUUACAAGCGGAAUUCUAUAACUGAUCAUGAUAUGUAGGCCAAAUCUAUACACUGUGUUCCUGAAAAGGAAAGUUGUUCACUUAAUACUUGACUGAACCUCUAAAGGAUACCUCAGAAAUAUCCAGGCCUGGCCAAUUUUCUCCUGCUGUAAAUGUCUUGCUCCAACCUGAAAGCCCCACCAAAUCUGGAAUGUUAAGUUCCAAAUAUAUUUUAAGUAGUCAUGAAGCAGCAUUUCAUGGUACUGUAAAAGCAAAGCUGUUUGCAUCUACCCCAUUACCAGAUAGGUUGUAAUUCACACUGAUAUUCCAUGAUGGAGCAAUUAUUUAAUCCAGUAUCUACUAGUGGAGUCUAAGCUCACAUCUACAACAUUACGCAGUCACUUCACUCCCAACAAACUUUUCCCCCAGUGCAAAUCUUUGACCUUAAUGAUGGUGAGGGCACCUGGGAUAGGAGUUUAAGACCUGGAGUAUCUGCCUAGCUCUGGGCCUCCAUCAUUAGGAGAAUAUUAGCCAGACAGUAGAUCUGUUUUGCUGUUGAAGAAAAUGGCAGAACAACCUUUAGGGAGACCAGACUGGACCCUUUGAAGUGUAGCUGGGCAUUUCAAAAGAGCCAGACUGAGUCUGACGUUCAGAUUCCAUUGAAACGCAGUAGGAGUUGGACAUGUUGGUCCUUUGUGUUCUUUUGAAAAUAUCACAUUUACUCCCUAGCUACCUGAUAAUUUGAGGUAGUGAUGCAGGGAAAUGACACGUUUUAUGCAAUGUAGAAUGAGACACAUAGCCAUGAAUGUAAGUGUCACUAUGGAUACAGAGCUAAGAUUAGCAAUAGUUUUAUUUCUAGGCAGACCUUUAUGAAAGUUAAUAGAAAUGUUUGGGCCUGGCUAUAAUGUAUUAAUCUAAUGAAGGCCACAAGUCUAACUGUCCUUUUUCAUAGACAGGUUUGAGAACUUUGGCUAAGGGUUCACUUCUUCACUUGAAGUCUCUGGGAGUUCAGGAUAUGCAGCAUGGUAAGGUUAGACUUAUUAACCUCUGUGACGGCAAUGUAACCUCAGUUAUAGGUGCUGAUAAAACUUAAAAUCCACUGUUAAAAAUAUGGUGCUAGUAUAAUAGAUGUGGAGGGUGGCUUAUAGUGGUCCGUGUGCAUGCGUGUGUGCGUACAUAGCCUAUAUGCACAUACAACAGAAUACAUAUCUAUGGCGUUGCUGGCCAAUGCCAGACAUACUACUUUUUAAGUAUUAAAGUAUGCGUACGUCCUUCUGAAGUCCUGAAUGGUUAGUAACCCUCUGGGCAAUGGAAACCAGGUCAGUUCUCAUUCCACUGGCCAUAGCAAUAUUGAAUUAUGUUACGGAGCAGAGGCAUCCCAUCUGUGAUUUGGGAAGCAUUUGACCAGGGUUUGGGCUCAGGCUCCAGUGUGUUGAGCAGAGCCUGUACAGCUAAGUCCAAAGCUGCUCUCUGGUGGCCAAACGACCUAAGCUGGUGGACAGUGCAAAUGCAUCCGAUGUGCCCAGAGAUGUUUCUUAAGAUCUGGGCAGGACAACGUUAGGUUCACUUUGGAGUGAGCAUCUUCUGUGCUCAGAGAUACCUGCAACAUUUAUCCACAGGGAACAGUAAAAGUGGGCCAUUGGGCAUGUAGGCUAAUGAGAAAGGAGUUGACUAAGUGAAUAUUGUGCAGGUGGAAGGAAAAGUGCCUGGGGGGAUGUGCCUUCCAGUCUUCCUUACAGCUACUGUGGAGUAAAACCAUUUCUGGCUUCAUUGUUUUCUUCAGGGAGCUGCAAUUUCAUUUGAAAUUGAGAAAAGUGAGUAAGUGAUACCGUGAGCAUUAAUCAAAAUGAUCUUUCUACCCAGGGAAGUACAGUCAUCACUGUUGCUCGGUUUAAAACUUUAGGGAAAAGACUGUGACAAUAGCAGGAACUGUUUUAACAAAGCGGUGCCACUGCAGUAUUUUGCAUAGGUUUUUACAUUGCACUCAUCAGCCUAAUGUCUCUUCUAUGCCAAUAUUAUUUGCAGUCCUCUCCCCCAUCCAUUUAGUAAGACUUCUUUCUUAUGACAUCACUCUUCUCAAGUAAAGGUAGAUUUAUGUUCCUAACCCAGAUGGUCACUAUUCUCAAAAGUGAAUAGAGAGUUAAGUCCAGAAGCAUAAUAUUGUUAUAUUAUCGUAUUAGCCUGACACACAUCAGCUUCUUCAAGUGGCUCAGGAACAAUGUUUAUUUGGCACAUUCACUGCUUGUUCUAACAUUUCAAAUUUUAAAAAGCAAACUAUGAUGAGUUCUUUGUUAAAGCUUCAAUAAAUGGCAUUGCUUAUG